GCUCGCAGUAACGUCUAAAUCCCCACAAAUUGUAUUGUUUCAAUUUAUUUAGUUCUUUAGUUCUCUAAAUCUUAGAGAAGGACAUUGUGUGCGGAAUAGUCGGGGAAAGAACACGGGUUUUGUAGAGCUAAAAUUUUAGCCAACCAUGCGAUGCUAAAACAACAUGGGCUCUACACACACAUUUUUACUACUUCUACUAUUCAAAACUUGCCUCAGUCAAAAUCUAUACCACCUUUUCAAGAAAAUCAAUGAAGAAACUGGCAACUUUAGCAGGGAAGCAGCCAAUCUAGCAUGGGAAUCUUCAAUAAGCCCUGGCAACCCUCAACUACCAGCUCGCUCGGCUAUAUACCAGAAAAGUCGUUUAAUAUGGCAACACAAAACGUGUGAUGAACUGGCAACACUGUCUAAUCGUCAGUCGUUGAAUAGCACUCAAGAAAGACAGUACUAUUUGUUGUGUAGGGGUCCAGAGUUUACUUAUGAGGAAACCAGAACUACAAGUAAUCUUUACGAAGAACUUCAAUCAAUUUAUUCAGACGCCGAAAUCUGCAUCCCAAGCGACUCAAACAUAUCUCCAGACAAUUUGACAGCUGUCGAAGAAGCCAUCUUGAAUUAUCUGUCAAACGUCAAACAGUUCUUCCGUUAUGAAUACGGCGAUUCAAAUCUUUUUGCCGCCAAAAUUGCUGUCAGCAAAAACGUACAAGAAAAUGAGGUUCUAUGUUUGAAAGGUGAAGCCGAUUUUGAGAAAUUGAUGGCUUUUUCGAGAAAUGAAGAGGUUUUGAGAUGGUUAUGGCAAGUUUGGAGGGAAAAAGUUGGGCCUCCGAUGAAGGAACCUUACAGAAGAUUGGUGGCUAUUGAAAAUAGGGCUGCUAGAAGGAAUGGUUAUCCCGACAUAGGAGCAUCCUGGCGUGAUGAACUCGAGACACCAAUGCUGCGUCACCUCUGCCGCCAUCUUUACGAAGAAGUGAAACCUCUAUACAGGCUGCUACAUGGUGUCAUGAGGUUCUAUCUGCGAAGGUUCUAUGGGGAUAUUGUUCCUGAGUAUGGCACUAUUCCUGCUCAUUUGUUGGGUAACCUCUGGUCACAGAACUGGGAACCUUUGGCGGAUCUUCUGUUGCCACAAACUAUAGAUUUGGAUGAAAGCAUCAAGAAGCUCAAUUGGACUGUAUUACAUAUGGUUCGAAGAGCAGAAGAUUUCUACCAAUCGAUGGGUCUGCCCGCCAUGACAGACAAGUUUUGGCGCGAAUCUGUGUUUGCGCGGGAAAACAGUGACACGCGCUGUCAUGGCACUGCGGCGGACAUGUUUCAAGAUGGCGACUUUAGACUGCUGUACUGUUCUGGUACCUCUAAAGAAGACUUCUACGUGCUCCAUCAUGAACUUGGUCACAUACAGUAUUACAUGUCUUAUGAACAUCAACCACCUAUAUUUAGGCAAGCCAACACAGCACUCCACGAAACUAUAGGCGACACCAUAAUGUAUGGGGUUCUAACACCACAACACUUGAACAGACUCGGUCUUAUUAACGACUCCCUACUAUAUACAAUGAAUGUACCACCAACAAACAGUCCUGAAGUUCAAGAUAAUAAUAUUGAUCAUAAUCAUAAAGAAUGCAGAAGCGAGAAAGACGAAGAUUUUGAUACAAAAGAUAGCAAAGAAACAUUGCUUAAAAACAUUAUAGAAGCAACAAACGAAAAAGAUUAUAAACUUGCUAUAAACAAAUUGACAGCUAAACAUUAUCUACCAUUUACAAAAUAUAUCAAAAAUGAAAAUUUAAAUGAACCACCGCCAAAAAUUUUCGAAGACAAAGACAUAAGUACAGACACAGUGCUUCUUCUAAAAACAGCUUUAAAUAAACUACCACAGAUACCAUUUUCGCUUCUCAUAGAUGAGUACAGAUGGAAAUAUUUUGAAGGGAGUUUGAGAAAGGAGAAUGGGGAGUUUUGGGCCAUGGCUAGAGAGUUGCAGGGCAUAGCACCGCCUAGUGAGAGAGGGGAGGAGUAUUUUGAUGUCGGAGCGAAGUUUCAUGUUCCUGAUAAUACUCCUUAUAUCAGAUACUUCCUCAGCAGUUUCCUCCAGCACCAGCUCUUCGAGAAGCUAUGCAAAGCAGCAGUCUUCGGCCGUCGCAGCGUGGACGGUGAUGUGCCAGAUAGCAUCAGUCUGACGCGGUGUGACAUAUACGGGUCCAAGGCUGCUGGCAAGAUUUUGAAAGAUUUCAUGUCACGCGGCCACUCGCAGCACUGGAGAGAGAUCUUACGACAAACGCUAGGAGAAGACGACAUAUCAGCAGCAGCUCUUAAUCGCUACUACCGACCUCUGUACGAGUUGUUAGAGAAAUUCGUGCGCGCGCAUCGAGUUCCUAUUGGCUGGUAAACAAAUUAAAAAAAGAAUGUAGAUUUUUUUUUGUUUUUUUCAUUCUAGUCAAAUGUUUUGUACUUAUUUAUUUUGAUACGAAAUGUCUGAAUAAGAUUCAAAAU